GUCAUCCGUUAGUGACGCUGAGACCAUAGAGCUGUGCACUGUGCUCCGGGCCGUUCCUGUAAGACGACAUUUGAAAAACAACCAAACGCUGUGCAAGAAUCCCUCACAGGACAGGUCGUAAUCAUGGCAGAAGGAGACAACAAAAGCUCAAACAUGCUCGCGCAGGAAACGGCCCAGUUGGAGGAGCAGCUUCAGGGCUGGGGGGAGGUGAUCCUGGCCGGGGAUCAGGUGGUGCGCUGGGAGAAGCCCUGGUUCCCUGGUGCCCUGAUCGGAGCUACCACUCUGGUCUUCAUGCUCAUUUACUAUUUGGAUCCCUCCGUGCUGACGGGGCUCUCCGGCUCGGUCAUGUUGCUGUGCCUGGCUGACUACCUGGUGCCCACCCUGGCCCCCCGCAUCUUUGGCUCACACAAAUGGACCACGGAGCAGCAGCAGCGUUUCCACGAGAUCUGCGGCAACCUGGUGAAGACCCAGCGGCGCGUGCUGGGCUGGUGGAAGCGCCUGUUCACCCUGAAGGAGGAGAAGCCCAAAGCGUACUUUGCCCUGGUGAUCAGCAGCCUGCUGGCCAUGGCCUUCAUCGGACAGCAAGUGCACAACCUCUUCCUCACCUACCUGAUCGUGAGCUUCCUGCUGCUUCUGCCCGGGAUGAACCAGCACGGCGUCAUCACCAAGUACACGGCCAUGGCCAAGAGGGAGAUCAACAAGCUGCUCAAGCAGAAGGAGAAGAAGACCGAGUGAGGACCGCGGCCCGAGGGCUCCGGAAGGAUGGAACUGUUGCGCAAGAAAGAACGGAUGAUAAGGUUUUAAGUUUAUUGAAGGCCAGAUGAGGAACAAGGAAGUUGUGGUGGUUGAGUUUAUUUUUUUUUGUUAAAAUAAGAAAAAACACAAAAAACAA